UCUUGCCACUGUACUCCAGCCUGGGUGAUAGAGUAAGACUCUGUCUCAAAAAAAAGGGGAGGAGGAGUUUAGAUUUCUGUGAUAAAUAUAAGUGAGCUUCAUUUUAAGUAAACUCAUUUUGUGGGAUUUGAGAUUUGAAAAAAAUUAAUUUUGCACAUUCUAGUCAUGGUUGGGCUCUAAGAAAAUGUUGUAAAGCUGUAAUUGUUUAUCUUAUGGGAAGAAGUGAAAAAGAACUAAAAUUUAUGGUGUGUCUGCUAUGAACCAGGCAUGAUGCUGAGAGUUUAACUGUGUCAUUUUUGUCCUAAAUAGCCCUGUGAAGUAGAUAUUUUUCCAAUUUUACAGGUUAGAAAAUUUGAGGCACAGAGAGAUGAAAUAUUUGCCUAAAGUGAAAUGGCAAAUUUGGACUUGGAUUCAAGUGUUUCUAACUAAAGCCCAGCUCCUUGCAUCAUGUCCUGGUACCUAAAAGACAUGACCUAAUUCAUUUCAGGUGCAACGUGAAUGAAAAUCACAUGUUAUGACCCAGGCUUGUUGUCUGUGCUCCUUGUUAAAUAGUUCUGUUGGAUAGAUGUGGUCAAUACCCAGAAGUUUUUGCUAUCUUCGCCAGGCAUUACUCUAAGCACUUGACAUGUAUUAAUUCAUUUAAUCCUCAUAAUUCCAUGAGGCAUGUGCUAUUAUCAUUCCCAUUUUACAGACAAAAGAAAAAAAAAUGAAGCACAGAGGAUUUAAUAAGUUGUUCAACUUACUUACACAACUAGUAUGUAGGGGAGGUGGGACCCAAACCCAGGUAUUCUGGCGACAAGCCUAAGGUCUUAAAUCUGUUUGAUGCUGCCUCUAAUGUAACCAGAUAUGUGUGACAGUUGCCUCAGAAGUAUUAAAGUAUGAGUGUUCUUGUAGUUCGGGGAAAGCCAUGUCACAUCCGCAUGGGAUGAUCAUUGGCAUAGCGCUCUUUCUUUUUGGAGGUGAAACUUGAAUUAAGCCUUGAAGUUGAAUAGGUUCUCCUGGGCGGAGACACAACAGGGUGUUAUGGGUGGAGGACAUAACAGGAGCAAGAAGCUCAGAGUGCAAGAUUGGCAUUGAUUUGCCUAUGUACCACAGACUUAAACAUGUUGGGAGUCCAGGUACACAGUGUUCCUGUGUCUACCCCCAAGUUUUGACAACAUUGUAAUUAAUCCAACUAGGGAGUUCUCUGUUCUCUGGAUGUAAGAGCUUGUACCCAUUGUCUGCAAACUUGCCUGCAACAGGCUACAUAGUAAAUAUUUUAGGCUUAGAACAAGCAGUCCCCAACAUUGUUAGCACAAGGGACUGGUUUCAGUUUCCUGGCGGGACGGGGGAGUGCUGGGGGCGGGGGGAUAUGGUUUUGCAAUGAAAUUGUUUCAUAAGGAGAGUGCAAGCUGCACGUGCAGGUCACAAUAGGGUUCCUGCUCCUGUGAGAAUCUAAUGCUGCAACACGGUCUGACAGGAGGUGGAGCCCAAGCAACAAUGCUUGUUAGCUCCUGCUGUGCAGUCUGGUUCCUAACUGGCCAAGGACCAGUACCAGGCGGUUCCCCAGGGUUUGGGGACCCCUGGCUUAGAGUAAAGGGGCAAGUGGUAAGAAGUGACCUCUGCCCAGUGGGCGGGGUCCUGAUUAUGGAAGGACCUUGCAAGCCAUGGUAGGAGUUUGGAUUUUCCUAUGUUAUUGGCAGCAGAGGUAUUCCAGGUGAUUUUAAUAAUGAAGUAAAGCUCGUAGAGUGUGGUGGUAGACUGCACCAUUUACUAGCUAUAAGACCUUGGUAAAUUACUUAAAUCAAGCUUGUCCAACCCGACUUAUUUUGUUGUUGUUGUUGUUGUUGUCAUUCUGUUUUGAUUUGUUUUAGUCUUUCAGCAGCCUGAAGCCAUGCUUUUUAGCUUCUGUCUCUAGUGAUAAGUGGAAAAGAGGGAUGAGGAAGGGGGUUUACUGGACCAACCAGAAACAGAAACUAAGAACCCAUGACUGUAUUCUCUCCCUUGGACACUCCUAAUAAGCGGUCUUUGCUUCAGUUUUCUCAUAAUAAGGAAAAUGCGAAUACUAAUAGAACCUACCCUAGAGGGUUGGCAGUAAUUUAGCAAGAUAGAAUACUAAUCAAAGAAUCAAAAGAAAGUACAAAUUAAAUUAGAAAUAGUAAUUUUAAACUGGUUUUGCUAAAAUUUCUGUAAUUAUGAUGAAAUGAUUAUCCUUCUGGAUAAAAAUAAUUUGUCAAAACAACUCAAGAAAAGGUAGGAUAAUUUGAUUAGAUCAUUAUCCAUGGAGGAACUUAGAAAACGUUAUAAAAGCUGGACCCAAGAGAGGUUUUUUUUGUUUAAUUCAACCCUUUAGAGCACAAAAAUUCUGGUGUGAUGUAAAGUUUUUUAGAGCAUAGAACGAUUUCCAGCUAAUUUUUCAGAGCAAGUUUGAUACCAAGUGUUAAUAAUGUAUCAAUACUGAUUCAUUAAUUGGGAGAAAUAUACCAUCUCACUAAUGUAAGAUCUUAGAAAUAGAGAUGCAAACAAUUUCUAAAUAAAACACCAAUAAAUUGAAUGUUGUUUCUUAUAAUCAGCUGGACCCCUCACCCCUAAAACAUUAAGAAAUGUAUUAAUAUGUUGCAUCAGUAGAUCAAAGGAGGAAAGUCAUUUAGUCAUCUGAUGCCAAGAAGCGAUUUGGUACUAUUUAUUAUCUGUCUUGGUUUUAAAACUACAUGCAGGACCAGCAGGAUACCACCUUAGUUUAGUUUUGAACAUCUGGCUGACCCCAACAGCCCUCCUUAGUGGGAAGAAGUAGAGGAGAGUUUUCAAACAUGGAUACCUAUCCGUUGUUUCUACUUCUAGGAAUUUAUCCCAUAGAACUACUUCCACAGGUGCAAGACUGUUGUGCAGUGUUCUUUAUAAGAGCAAAACUUUAGAAGUAACUUGAAUAUCUAUGAAUUUAAGACUGGUUUAAUAAAUCAUGGCAUAUUUACGAGAUAGAACACUAAGAAGUCAUUACAGAAACUACAAUAAAUCUAAAAGUAUUGAUUUGGAAAGACUUUCUACCAUAGGUUACUUUUGCCUGUUUUUGAGUUUAAUGUCAAUUGAGUCAUAUACUAUAUUCUCUUUUGUGUCUGGCUGUUUUCAAACUCAAGGUUUAUGGUUGUAAGAUUCGGCCUUCCUGUGUGCGGCAGUAGUUGGUUUAUUCUCAUUGCUGUGUAGUUGUUUUGUAUGAAUAUACCACAAUUGAAUUACUCAUAGCUUGUAUAAGUUUUAUGGUCUGAAAAACUCAAAUAGUUUAAAAAGCGAAAUUUGAUUGAAGUUACAGCUCCAAUUAGAGGUAUUUUAUAACUUGAUACUUCUAUGCAACAUUAGUGUGCAUUUAUCUCACUUGAGUUCUCCCAUCUUCUUUAUCCCCUUUUGAUUUCUCUCUCUUGGGCUCAUGGUCAUUAGUAUCUCCACUAUAGAAUGGUCAUUAGUGUCUCUACUAUAGAAUGAAAGGGAAACAGGAAAAGAGAUGAAACUUGAAUGACUUUCUUGUGCCUCUCAUUACUGCUCUGGCUCAGGAAGGAUAAAGUGAAGUAGUUCUUUUAUUAACAUACCCUUCCCAGUAACUGGGAUGCAGACCUUCAAGGCAAAUCUCUGGUACAAGAUAUAAUCUGAUACUGUUGUAGCCAAUAUCUUCUAUUUCCGUAGUUAAGUGAUUCAGAGCCAUAACUGAACCUUCCUAAUUCUAGAUUGUUUGGCUUGCCUUUCACAGCCAUUUAUUUAGGUUUAAUAUGCAAUGUAAUAAGGCAAUCCUAACUUGAAAGCUGAAAUGGUCCUUAGAGAUCAUCUCAGCUGGUAUUCAAAGCCUGGUGUGUGAGAAGAUGGUAUCUCUCAUGGUCUGCCCAGCCCACAUACUGGUGGGGUCUCAAUCCAGAAUAGACUCCUGGCUUUCAUUUUGGAGGCAAUGCGUUCUCCUUAGUCAAGAGCCUUUUGGAGCUCCUUUACAAAAGCAGUUAGCCCUUAUGUUCUCUUCUUCAUUUUUUUCCAGUAUUUACUCUGUAGGCUGUAAGUUACUAAGCAGUCACUUCACAGUUUGUAAAUGUGUUUGAUUUGAUUCUUAUUUAUAGUCAUGGGCAAUAUAGCCCUUCAGUUUUAAAAGAUUUAUUCUAAAUUGGCCAUGGAAGAAAUCUGGUUUUGUCACUUUUUAAAAUUCAACCCAAAGUCCAAUUCAAUUUGAGUUAGCAUUCUGAGAGCAUAUCCAUAUUAUUAAGGUAGUAAGUAUAUGAAGUAACUUUUUUAUGCAUUGCUUUUCAGGAGUAGAGGUUUGCCACUCUUAGGUGACUAAGCAGUAUCACAAAAAUGAUGUCUAGCGGCUCCAGUGAAACUGAUGUGAUAAGAACAAGAAUACCUACUUAUGAUGAUGACAACACUAUUCUUUAUGCAUAUGAAACAAAACCUAAAUUUGUAUGUGAACCAAAAACCGAGGAGGAACCGAUUAUUGUAGCUGAUGCAUCCUGUAAUACUGAAGAGCAAUCGAAGCCAGUUGAUGAUGUCCUUACCUAUUGCCAGGUUAUAUAUGAUGCUAUCCAAAACCUGGAUAAGAAGAUUGAUAUCAUUAGUAGAAAGGUUUCAAAAAUCCAACGUUUCAAUGCAAAAGCAGUGUGGACCAAUCGUAAGCCAUUUGGCUUUGGAUAUGGAUAUGCGUACAGAAAUUAUUCUUACCUGCUUGCUAAAAAGCUUAAACUCCAGAAGAUGAAGAAAAGUCAGGCUUACGAGACAUUCUCCUACCCUCAAAGUUAUAGUCCCACUUCACCGGUGUCAAUGCGGGAGGAUAAUUCCCAGAGCAACAAUCCAGCACCAUCCUUUCGCAUGGAAGAAUACCAGCGAGCUGAGCCAGAGGAGGACCCAGUCCUUAGCCGCACUCCGAGUCCAGUGCAUCCCUCAGACUACCCUGAGCAUGAUUAUCAACCAUAUUAUGCAUCUGAUGGUGUAAUGCCUAGCUCUUCAGGGCCCUACCUUGGCAGCCCUAGGGCUAACAGCAUCCGCAGCAACUACUCGCCUGACCACCCUUCUGCAGUACCACCUUCAGCUGCAAGCUCACCAAUUGGAAAUGACCAGUAUUUAGACGAGUCAAACUUCACUAGGCACCCUGCAACAUGGUCAGUGGAAGCAGUAGUCCUAUUUCUGAAGCAAACGGAUCCUCAGACAUUAUGCCCUCUUGUCGACCUCUUCAGAAGCCAUGAAAUUGAUGGGAAGGCUCUGCUCCUACUCACAAGCGACGUGAUGCUGAAGUACUUGGGGCUGAAGCUGGGAACGGCCAUGAAGCUAUGCUACUACAUUGAACGACUUAAACAAGGAAAAUGCUUUGAAAAUUAAAAAAAAAAUCCUUGUGCAAAUUUAGAUUGGGCCAACUUCCAGAGAUACCAAUGCUGCCUUAGUGUAGAAUCAUUUUUCUGCCCUUUAGUCAUUUUUGUUUUUUAGAAAGUAACUUUCAAAAUAUAGCUAGAAUUGUAGAACUAUGUUAUAGUCCAGUCUACUUCUUUCAAAACCAUUUAACUGCUAGAUAGUAUUAGAAUAGUCCAAUAGGAAAUUCAUUCUUUAUAGGUCUUUAAAAGUUACUCUUAUUAUAUUGUUUACGAAUAUAUUUCAUGCAAGAAAUGGAAAAUAAACCCCUUUGAUUCUGGUUCAUCCUUAUACAGAGAACUAAAACAGCUAAGAGAGGUAUUAUCAGGGGUUGACAACUUCUAUGAUUAAAUCUAUGGGAAUUUUUCCUCAGAAGAGAAUUUAAAGGUGUACCCAUAGAUAAUCUCUUUCUGAAGUAUUUUGUCUGUCUGAUGCUGCAGUGUUCUAUCAGUUUCCAGAAAGAGAAUAGCCAUAUAAGUUAUUUUCUUUUCUGCUAUUAUUCCUCUACAUGUUUUAUUCAGAUUUAGAGAAAAAAUAAGCUUAUAAACUUUUAUGAAGUGCUCUUAACAGUUUUUAGAUAAACCAUAGGAUAGAUAGAAUGGUUAUUUUAUGCAAGAAAUAUACUACAAGGGUGGUUUCAAUAAAGUCUGACUACUUUUUUUUCCAAAAAACUAUUCUACUAAAACUUUCAUAUUUUGGCUAAGUUUGGACAUUUAACUAUACUUUCAUUGUUUGUACCUCUCUAUAAAAAUACCUCUGUCUAAACUUUUAAGAGAUAUAAUUUUAUUUUAUGUGUUUAUUCUUUAUCUAGAUAGUAUUUUAUAUUUUAUUCUAACCUGAAGUAUACACACAAGUAAUUUUUUUUUAAUUUAAAAUGGCAUUUUGUAUUCCCCCAGAGGUAGGAUGAGCCAUAUAUUUGCGAGAUGUUUUAUUUUGUGAAAUCUAAGUGGAUUAUUUGCCAUCACUAGUACCUCUCAACUUACUUUUCAGAGGACAAGAAACAAUCUAUGGAUUGGUUUCCAUACAGGGAAGUUCUCUGUCCUAUGCAAUAUUUUUAAUUUGCUUAGUUCUGAGCCAUUUAUCCUGCUACACUUUGAAUGAUACAUUAAUUCAGACUAAUGUUUGGGGGCUUUAUUUUGUAAGUUAGAACUGUCAAGUGAAACAUGUUCAACACUAUUAUUUCAUUAUAAAUUUAUAACAUCUUAUUACAUUGUAUAACAAAUGUAAGGUUUAUAAGCUAUGAGAAUUGGUGCUGUCACCAUUAGCCACUUACAAAUGUGAAGAAAAUGUUCACCAGGGGCAAUAAUGUACCUUUUCUUGUUAGAAAACCAAAUGUACUUUAGACAUGACUGCAACUAUUUACAGAAUAGCUUCAUCUAUGUUAUUCCUUAUAUGUCAUAAGAUUCUUACUUAAACUUGGUCUUCCUUCAAAUUGUUUGUAUGAAGAUGCUGUACCCACUUGAACAGUCCUUAGGUGUUUACAUAAAUACUAUGUUUUACAGUUUUCAUAUUUAAAAAAAUAAAGUUAAAUAAUCUCAACGAUUCA